UUGUUAAUCAAUAGACACUCCAUAUUCUCAUACACAGAGCUAAUAAAUGGAGAGCAAAGCCGUAGGUUUCUGCGCGGUUGUGGCGGUGCUUGGAAUAAUAUCGGCAGCAGCCGGUUUUGGAGGAGAGCUCACAAGGGUUAAGGCUGAUGAUGUUUCUGUUAGUGGUGGUUCGUGUGUUUAUCCAAGUAGUCCAGCUCUGGCUCUUGGAAUCAUAGCAGCCGUGUUCGCAAUCAUUACACAAAUUUACAUAAGCGUUACAUUUGGCGGUUGUAGAUGUUGCAGAAACGACCCUAAUUCAACCCCGAUUUCAAAGCUCCUUUCUGUAUUGUCAUGGGUAGCUACCGUGAUAGCUGUGCUUCUUCUGCUAACAGCUGCUGGACUGAAUAAUAAAGAAGGUGGACAAGUUGACUCAUAUGGUUAUUUUACAUGUUAUGUUGUGAAGCCUGGGAUCUUUGCCGCAGGAGCUGUUUUAGCUCUUUUAAGUGCAGUUUUUGGUAUUGCUGCUUAUGUUACCGUAGCUCCACCAACUCCACAAACCACCACAAACCAUGCAGUCGCAUUCCCGGUUGGUGCGAAUGUUGAUCCAGAAAAGAGUCCAGUGCCUAUGUAUCCUCAGCAAUACCCUCCUCAACAAUACCCUCCUCAACAAUACCCUCCUCAACAAACUCCUCAGCAAUACGCUUAAAAAUGAUGUUAAUUGGUAUUAUGCUUGCUUGGUGCUUUUAAAACUUUUAGUGGUGUAUAUUUGCAUUUCCAGAUUUGACAUUUUGUUAUCUCAAUUUGUAUAUUUUGGUUUCUUGAUGGUUUCAAUGUAACUUUUGAGUUUUAUAUUCACAGUUCUUCAGUUUUUGAGAUUUGAUUUA